AUGCCUGAUGGUAGUUAGCAUCAGCUUCAUUAUUUGACUAUUAGUAAUAGAGAGGCCCUUUAAAGUAUUUACAUUGAAAGCUUGCUUUAAGUGAAUAUUAAUGAGACUGAUUUAAUAUCUGGAGUAUAUGAAGGUGGACUAAAAAUAUGGGAUUGUUCUAUUGAUCUUGUCAACUAUAUAGCUGAAAACCCUAAUAUCUGUCAUAGCAAAUCUGUAAUAGAACUGGGAUGUGGAUAAGGAUUGCCAGGAUUAUUGUGCUUAACAAAUUUUAAUGCAUAAUAUGUGGUCUUUUAGGAUUAUAAUAAGGAUGUGUUAGAUAAUGCAACUAAAAAAGUUAUUGAAAUGAAUUCUUAGGUUGAUUUGAGCUUACUUCAACAAAAAUAUCAACUAUUAGCAGGAUCAUGGGAAACUCUAUGCAAGUAGAGGCAAGACUUCUAAGGAAAAUUUGACCUGAUUCUAAUGAGUGAAACUCUAUACAACAUUAAUUACUAUGACCAACUUGUAUAAUUCAUUGACCUCUGUUUAAGCAAUGAGCCUAAUUCUAUGGUGUUGAUUGGUACUAAAACCUUUUACUUUGGUUUGGGUGGAGGCUAUUUCGAAUUCUAGAAAUACUUAGAUACUAAUUGGAAAGGUAAAUUUAGAUUAGAAGUGGUAAAAAAGCUCAACGACAUGAAAUCCAUUGAAAGACUAAUUUUGAUAAUGAAAAGAUAAACUGAAAUUGAAAUGAUCAGUUAAGACCUCGCUUCAAAUACUCUUGAGGAAUAAAUUGAAAAAUCAGAUUUUAUGCUAUCUUUUUGA